GAAGGCAAAUUGUGUUAUGAACUACUACUACUACUACUACUACAGCUAAGCACAACUGCACUGGAUGAAACUGUUGUAAAUGGACUGGCCAGGUGUAAGGGUUUGAGGACAGAGAAACGUCAUGUUUGCUUUCUGGAUCACAAAGCUGCAGGAGGAGAGUGCUGUUGGGUAAUAGGCAAAAAUCAAGAGAGGCAGAGAUCUGCACAUCACUGGCUUACAGAGCGGACACCACCUCACCCAGAUAACGCACGUGUCCCUCAGGCACAGAGAACCAUGGCGUUUACAGGGUUGCUGAGAGAGGAGGACAUCAGGGCUGCCGUCAAGGCUUGUCAAGCUCCAGGCACAUUCAACUUCAAGUUGUUUUUUGCACAAGUGGGACUGACCGGCAAGGCAGAGGCAGAGGGCCAACGGGUGUUCAGAGUCCUGGACCAAGACCAGAGUGGAUACAUAGAGGAAGAGGAGCUGAAAUUAUUCCUGCAGAACUUCUCCUCAGGGGCCAGGGAGCUGACUGAUGCUGAGACCAGAACUCUCCUAGCGGCAGGAGACAGAGACGGGGAUGGAAAGAUAGGGAUGGAAGAGUUCUGCGCUUUGCUGAAAUGAAGCUUUCACUCCUCAUCAGGGCCGUCUCUUUUUUUCUUUCUUUUGGUACUUUUUACAACGUCUGGAACCCAAAACGCCCAGAUUCAGCAAGUCUGGAGGGAAAUAACCACCUCAGCGACUCUAUUUACAUGCUUGCUGGUCCUCUCCCCGGUUGAUGGUGCAUCUUGGCACAUAAAUUCGUAGCUGUGGAUAUUAGGUGUAUAAGUCAGUGUCAGUCUAUCCAUUGGUUAACUGGAAUGGUUUAAUAAAGGAUGUAAAACGUA